UUUUGGGAUGAUGAACUGACUGGGGAUGAAGAAGAUCUCAUUUGUGGAUGCUAUGAAGUAUGGACAGGGAACACAAAUCAUGGUUAUGGUCAAUACGCCAAGAGAUCAUGGUGGCCAAGACCGAUCUCUUGGAAGUCCAGCGGUUUCAACUGCGGGUACUGGUCUAACAAUGCGGAGGAUUGGUUUCAACGACGUCUCAAUAAUAUACGACAUUCUCCAAGUUCCGUUCAGCUUUUAACAAACAACCAAUGGCGU